CGAGCGCGCACCGGAAGUAGAAAGCAAUCACUUCCUGACUGGUGUGUUUCUCAGAGUACCGUGUGGAUUUCCUUUGACUUUUUUCCGCGCAAAGUUCCUGCGUUGAAGAUUGAAAACAAGCACAAACAUGACCGAGGAGGUGCAGAAGCACUCGGUGCACACGUUGGUAUUCAGAUCUCUUAAGCGAAGCCAUGACAUGUUUGUGUCCGAUAAUGCAAAACAGGUCUCUCUGGACGAAAAGAGUCAUAACCUGAAGAUGUCCGUCAAGCUGAGGACGGAGUACAGCCCGGUGUUGCACAUGCCUGUUCUUAAAGAAGGAAAAAGCAGAAUCCUGGAUCCGUAUGACACUUCUGGGUACACAUCAGUCGAACAUGAUCCAGAGUACCUGAUCACAGGAACACAUCCAUAUCCAUCUGCCCCAGGAGUUUCCCUCACUGCUGACACUCAGUUGCAGAAGAUGCCAAGCGAAGCCGCAGUUCACUCUCUGGCACUGGCUCUGCCUCCUUCUCAAGCAAGGCAAGACAUGGCUCGAACUGCAGCGAGUGUAGGAGACAUCCACAGACACGCCGGAGCAGCAGAGCGAUCCCAGCCACCACAACACGCACUGUCAUUAACGGAAGCUGGAGGGAUGAAGAAUUCGGCGCUGAUCCCCCGGAAAGCUCCAUCCAUGCCCAAACCACAGUGGCACCCGCCAUGGAAACUCUACCGGGUGAUCAGUGGCCAUCUUGGCUGGGUCAGAUGUUUAGCAGUGGAGCCUGGAAACCAGUGGUUUGUUACUGGAUCUGCAGACAGGACCAUAAAGAUCUGGGACCUGGCAAGCGGGAAGCUGAAGCUCUCUCUAACAGGUCACAUUAGUACUGUAAGAGGAGUGGCUGUGAGCUCACGCAGCCCGUAUCUGUUCUCUUGUGGAGAGGACAAACAAGUCAAGUGCUGGGAUCUGGAAUACAACAAGGUUAUCCGUCACUACCACGGUCACCUGAGCGCCGUUUACGGCCUGGACCUCCACCCCACCGUCGACGUCCUGGUGACAUGCAGUCGUGACGCCACAGCCAGAGUCUGGGACAUUAGAACCAAAGCUAACGUCCACACUCUGACUGGUCACACCAACACGGUCGCCACGGUGAAGUGUCAGAGUGUCGAGCCUCAAAUAAUCACAGGCAGCCACGACACCACCAUCAGGCUGUGGGAUCUGAUUGCUGGGAAGACAAGAGCCACGCUCACCAAUCACAAGAAAUCUGUGCGAGCAUUGGUGCUGCAUCCACGACAAUACACUUUUGCUUCUGGAUCUCCUGACAACAUCAAGCAGUGGAAAUUUCCGGACGGGAACUUUAUCCAGAAUCUUUCGGGACACAAUGCUAUCAUUAACACACUUGCAGUGAACUCUGAUGGAGUUUUGGUGUCUGGAGCUGAUAAUGGUACCAUUCACCUUUGGGACUGGAGGACCGGCUAUAAUUUCCAGCGAAUCCACGCAGCCGUGCAGCCCGGCUCUUUGGACAGCGAGUCUGGGAUUUUCUCCUGCAUGUUUGAUCACUCAGAGAGCCGCCUGAUGACUGCCGAGGCGGACAAAACCAUCAAAGUGUACAAGGAGGACGACACAGCGACAGAGGAAUCCCACCCCGUCAACUGGAAGCCCGAUAUUCUCAAAAGGAAAAGAUUUUAAAUUCUUCAUCAUUGUAUUUUUUUUUUUUAUCUUUCUUAAUUGUUUUUUUACACCACCAAACUCUGCAGUUUGUUUUUCACAAAAUGUUAGAUUGCAAAAACGUGUAAUUCAGACUUCUUGGUCUCUUGCUGCAAAAUCUUUUACAUUUUUUUCUUGCUAAAGGUAAAGUUUUUUUUCCCCCACCUCAAUUCUGUGCGCUAUCAUGAAAAACUGUUAUGGGCGUAGUUUGAAUGUGAAACAAAAGGCUUUAUUAUUGUUUGUAAAUAAGUUUUUGCUUGCAUCAGUGCUCAUACUUUCUGCAGGGAAGGUCAUUAAAGCUCAAUUUGCAAGAAUUUAAAA